AUGGCAGUAUCCAUAGGAAAAAUCAAGUGUUUUGAUAACACAAGUGAGACUUGGCAAAAUUACGAAGAACGUCUCGGGCAGUAUUUCAUAGCCAACGGUGUGAAAGACGAGAAAAAGGUGCCUGCGUUACUAGCACUAAUUGGCCCUACCACUUAUGCCGUGCUUCGUGACUUAACCUCACCAACUGUACCAAGUGAAAAGUCUUACAAUGAGCUUACUACGUUAUUGCAGACACAUUUCAACCCAAAGCCGUUGACAAUUGCGGAAAGAUUUCGGUUCUAUAAGCGUGAUCAACGUGCAGGGGAAUCAGUUCAAGACUUUAAUAUAAGUCUACGUAAAUUGUCACAACAUUGUAACUUUGGCGAUGGGCUAAAUGAAGCGUUAAGAGAUAGAUUCGUUUGCGGGUUAAGAAAUGAAAACAUACAAAAGAAACUUCUCAGUGAGAAAGAUCUAACAUAUGAAAAAAGCAUUGAAAUCGCAACUACAAUGGAACUUGCAAGCAGAGAUGUCAAUGAAGUUCAUGGCAAGGCUAUAAGUGUAGAUAAAGUAUCUGCUUCUGAUAAAUUUCCUAAGAAAAAUUUUCAGAAAGGAAAUAAAGACAAACAAUUCAAACCCCCAAUCAAUAAACCUAAGGUCGAAUUAGGGUGUUUCAGAUGUCUAAGGAAGAACCACACACCAGAACAUUGUAAGUUUAAAGAUUCAGUGUGUUAUACCUGUGGUAAAAAGGGACAUAUAGCUCCAGCGUGUAAAAGUGUAAAAGGCAAAAGCAAAGCCCAGGUGCAUCAAAUGUCGGAUGAAGAGGUCGAGGAUGAAGAAGUUUCGCUUUUUAACGUUCGUUCAAAUACAAACGGAAGAGAUAUAAUUUGGGUUACACCAGUUAUUGAAGGGGAUAUAAUAAGGCCCCUUGGAGUGAUAAGCGUUAAAGCUGAACUUAACGGACAAAGUGAGGACUUGAACCUUUACGUUGUUGAAAAAGGAAAUAGACCAAUUUUAGGUAGAGAAUGGCUUCACUUACUUAAGUUGAAUUGGGCAGAGAUCAAAGCUCUCCAGUAUGUUUCAAGUAAAAGUUUGGAUUCAUCGGAGGUGGAAAAUCUCAUGAAGGCUCGUUACGGUGAAAUAUUUCAAGACAAUUUAGGACAUGUGAAAAAUGUAAAAGCAAAGCUUAGACUAAAGAAAUAUGCAACACCGCGUUUCCAUAAAGCUAGGCCUGUACCACUAGCCUUGAAACCUAAAAUUGAAAAAGAAUUAGAAACACUGUUGGAAGCAGGUAUGCUAGAAAAGGUAGACUACAGUGAGUGGGCUACACCAAUAGUCCCCGUCCCGAAAAGCAAUGGUGAGAUCAGAAUUUGUGGGGAUUUCAAAGUAACAGUAAACCCGUUAUUAGAAAUUGAUCAGUAUCCGUUACCGCGAAUAGAAGAUAUAUUUGCUUCCAUAGGUGCCGGAAAGAAAUUUUGGAAAAUUGACCUGAAAAACGCAUAUCUUCAAGUCGAAGUCGAUGAAGAAAGUAAAAAACUUCUUACGAUUAAUACACAUAAGGGCUUGUUUAGGUAUAAUUGUUUAGUGUUCGGGGUGGCACCUGCAGCAGCAAUUUUCCAACGCUUGAUAGAGCAGAUUGUUAGCGGUAUACCAGGAGUGCAAGUAAUAUUGGAUGAUAUGAUUGUGACAGGAGCCACAGACGAGGAACAUUUAGCAAACCUUGAACAAGCUCUGAAACGUUUACAGGAUAAUGGCUUCAGAUUGAAUGUAAAAAAAUGUGCUUUCUUCCAGGAAGAAAUAGAAUUCUGUGGACACAAAAUAGAUGGUAAUGGUCUACAUAAAACAGAAGAUAAAAUUAAAGCAAUGGUAAAUGCCCCAAAUCCUACAAACGUGAAAGAACUGCGCUCUUUUCUGGGUUUGAUCCAAUAUUAUGCGAAAUUUCUUCCAGAUCUAGCGACUAUCUUACAUCCCCUACAUAAACUGUUAGCAAAAGAUGCGAAGUGGGAUUGGACGCCGUCAUGUGAGAACGCAGUGAUGCAAGUUAAAGAAAUGAUUGCUUCAGAUUGUGUACUUAUGAACUAUAAUCCUGAGUUACCAGUGCUGUUGGCAUGUGAUUCAAGUUCAUAUGGGAUCGGAGCAGUUUUAAGCCACAAGUUGCCAGACGGUUCUGAUAGACCUAUAGCUUUCGCGUCUAGAAGCUUAAACAGUGCAGAAAAGAACUAUAGCCAAAUUGAUAAAGAGGCACUAGCAUUAGUUUGGGGUGUAAAAAAGUUCAAUGUUUACCUAUACGGGCGAAAAUUCACAUUGGUUACUGACCACCGACCUUUGACAUCGAUUUUUAACCCGUGUAAGGCAGUGAGUAGCACUACGGCUAGUAGAUUACAGAGAUACGCUAUAUUUUUAGCCGGGUACCAAUAUGACAUACAAUUCAAAGGAACAAAAGCACACGGAAAUUGUGACGCAUUGUCAAGGUUACCAUUAAGUGGAAGGGUGUCCGAAAACUCUGAUCCAAUGGACGUAUAUUUACACAGUGUAAUGGAUACACUUCCUGUUACAGCUAUACAGAUAGCCAAUGCUACGCGUUGGGACAAAAUCCUAUCACAAGUGUACGAUAUGGUGCAACAUGGGUGGAGUAGAUAUAAACCUGAUUCUGUUUCGCUUGAAAUUGAUCCAUAUUGGAACAGACGAAAUGAAUUGUUUCUACAUCAGGGAUGUUUAAUGUGGGGCUGUAGAGUAGUGGUACCGGAGGCCCUACAACAGAAUGUUCUUGAAGAAGUUCACUCCGGACAUCUUGGUGGUCAAAAUGAAAUCUAUCGCUCGCAGCUAUAUUUGGUGGCCAAACAUAGAUCAGGACUUGGCUACCCUAGAUAA